AGUCCAAUGACAUUUUAUGAAUUUUUAAAGUGUUUAGUGGCAUUUGGCGAAAUAACUAAUUUUUUUUUAUUUAUUUUUUUAAUUUUUUAUUUUUGUGCUUCCACCCGAACAUUUCUUUCAUUUCCCUAGGGUUUUACUCAGGUUUAAAACCCCCAAAGUUUACAAAUUCAAUUCCCUCUUUUCUGAUCAAUAACCUCACUAUCAUUCAUCAAUGGCGACCUCAAGCUCAUUGACAUCAAUUUCAAGAAAAGUAUGUAGAAAUCUCUUCUCAAAUCAAAAACCCUUUUAUUACACUACCACUUCCUUCUUCUCCAAUGGUCCUUCAACUCCAGAGUACAACUUUGAUUCAACCCCAGAUGAUAGUGAGUUGCCAACUCUUAACUCGAACUCUGAAUCAACCGAGUUUAGCCCUGAUAACUCGGCCCCUUCUUCCUCUGAGUUCGCUGCUGCUUCCCCUGAUUUUGCUGGGCAGCGCCCGUUCACUCAGACAGUCCUUGAGGGUGGCUUAGAUAUCGGCAUUUACAAGGCUAUACUAGUGGGACAAGUAGGGCAGAUUCCGUUACAGAAGAGGCUGAAGAAUGGGAAGUUGGUGACACUCACUACUUUAGGAACCGGUGGAAUUAGGAAUGAGCGGAUUCCGUUCCCAAAUGAAGAGCCGAGGGAGUAUGCUGAUCGUUGUAAUGUUCAAUGGCAUCGAGUUGCUAUAUAUCCGGAAACAUUGGGUGCAGUUGUGCUGAAGAAUGCUCAACCUGGUUCACUACUUUAUCUGGAGGGAAAUCUGGAGACCAAAAUCUAUACUGAUCAAGUUUCUGGUAUUGUUAAACGUGUAAGGGAAAUUGCAAUUCGACGAAAUGGCCGUGUUGUAUUUUUAGGAGUUGGUAGUGAUUUCCAUCAGCCACCUAUACAAGAGCUAAGAGGUGUUGGAUAUUUCUGAGUUCUGAGGACUUCAUUGUCCAGGUCUCUCAGGCACAUUAUUGGAUUGUUUCCAAGUGGCGUUGGAAGGGCCAGUGCUCAUAUCUUCAAGAUCUAUUAUGCUGGACAUCACUGCCAUCUUCUAUAUUCUGACAGAAACUGAGUCGUGCCUUGUCUAAUGUCUGUAGAACUAUUGAUUCAUUCUGCAAUCAUCUACACUGUCAGUUAUAUUCUUUCAUGCGUUUACAUGGAAGUUGAUAUUAGGAGUUUACUAAUCUAGCAGUUGCGGAAUAUGUAUAGCCUGUUUUCUCAUUCUGGCCACUAUCAUUUGACAUUGAUGGCAAGUAUCGAUUAUACUCCCUCUAUUUUUCAUUUUUA